AUGAGAAGGAAUUUCCUCCCAUUUCGAAUUUACGUAAAUUAUUACCAUUUGUACAGAACUUGCAGAAAGAAUAUUUCUAAUAUUGAAAAAAAUGUGCAUAUAAAAGAAGAUGGGGGGGAAAAUAAAUUGAAAGUAGAUAAUAAUAUUAUAAAUGGUGUUAAACACUGUACAAAGGAAAAAGAUAUAAGAGUAAAUAAGAUACAUGCUGAUUAUGUUGAAAUAGAUGGGGAUAUAGUAACUCGGAAAGAUGUAUCACCUGCAGAUGAUUUAACAUCUUGUAAAAAAAUAAAAUUUCGAAGUUUGAAAAAUUUUAAUUUAUUAGCAGGGUGUUUAAUAACAUCUUUAUUUUUUUAUUUUACCCUUAAGAAGGUACCAGAAGGAUAUAUAUGUUUAAUUGAAAAUAAAACAGAUGGGACAGUGCUACCAUACAUAUAUGACGACUUGAUGACUUUUUUUUUUAAUCCUCUAAAGUAUAGAAUAAUUCUCAUGCGAGUCAUUCCAAUACAAAAAAAAUAUAUACAUGUGUAUGAAACGUUAGAUAAAAAAAAAAUUAAAGUAAAAUUAGAAGUAAAAAUGAAACCAAAAAUUCCAUUUGUUGUAGAUAUAUAUAGUUCUUUUGGGGCCAAUUAUAGUUCAGCAUAUGUAGAAAGAGAAAUGAGCUUAGAUAUAGAAAAUGUUAUUAAAAAUUAUAAUUUAGACACACUACUACAAACAUGUGAAAAGUCAUGUGAUACACAAGCUACUACAGUAGAUGAUGUGGUUGAUCAAAUCAUGGACAGGUUUUAUGACUGCUCUGUCUUUCACAAAAUAACACUUCUGGAUGUUUCCAUACUAUUCGAGGAGGUUAAGUAA